AUGGUAAGCGUGCUUCCUCGUCGAAGUUAUCAACCAACCGCCUACUUGUUCUUGAUGAACCUGCAGCGUGUCGCUACCUUGCAUCUCCAGCUAUGGAUGGAGACGUAUGCUAGCCAGCUUACUGUGCCUGAUCUUGAAGACCAUCUCAUUAUGACCAUCGCGCCUCGACCCGUGUGUAAUCUAACAUCGGCUCAGCUUGAGCGAAAACGAGCCCAAGAUCGCCUCGCUCAGCGGGCCACGCGCGAAAGGACUCGCGAACACAUACGGCGACUUGAACAAGCUGUAUACGAGCUUCGAGUUAGAACGGCUGCCGAGUCGAACGGCGUUGAUCCAAAUUCUCUGCAAGAACUUCACCUUCGAAACCAAGCUCUCAGAGAAGAAUUGGCACGACUACGAGGUCUUGCUGCGGCUGAACGAGGAGUUUCGUCUGUCCAUCAACCUGGCGACCCAGAGAUGAACCCGGCGCCGCCAUCCCCGUUCACUCAGCUGUCCGACACCGAGAUGCAGUCGCAGUCGCCGUCACAAGCACGAGACACUUACCAGUGCUGUGUAGGAGACUCUGCCCUCUUCUUUCAACAUUCACCAGAUUCCCAUGAGCCCAAUGCCCAAGCAGCACACGCCAACCACAUGACAGCAGCAGAACAACAGCCUGAAUGGCUAGCUCUAAGUCUAUGGAAUAGCAGCGUAAUGCGUUUCAAUCUGUCUGGGAGCAGCAGGCCUUCACAAAUAGCUCAGCAGCACGCGCUGUCGUGCCCUCAGAGUUUUGGCUGUACUUGUACAAAGGACUAA